CAUUAGAUAAAGCUACUGAAUUGGAUGAAGUUACGGAAUUGGAUGAAGAUAUAGAAAUAGAUAAUACUGGUACAUAUGAAGCUUCAGAAGAUGAGGAAAAUGAAUAUUAUAUUGAUGAGAAUGAAUCUGUUAACCAUUUAGUAGAAUCUCAAGAAAUCAACAUUCUUGAAAAUAAUCUUGAAAAUAUUAAUUUAGGUGAAAAUAACGAAGAGGAUAGUGAUUUAGAAUAA